AUGGGCGACUUCGAUGCGAGUGUCUUCCAAUUUGAAGAUUCUGGGCUGGUUGCUGGGCAGGCGUACUACUACACGAUCGUGGCCACGAAUGGCGACGACGGCGAUCCAGUCACAAUCUCGGCGCAGCCGGCCGUCGUGCCAGACAAGCCUGACCCCGCGCUCCUGGUUGCAGGCGGAGACGGCACGCUCAAUUUCACCUUUACGCCGGCCACAGGGGCAGCCGCGGGUCAGUCAACGAUAGUUAGGUUCACCCUCUACCGCAAUGACGGCCUCGGGGGCGUGCUGCGCUUCAGCUACGACGUCGACAGCGACGGCGCCUCUACGGAGUCUCUGGGUGUUGGCGGCCUGGUGGAGGGGCGCUCCUACCUGUUCCAGACCUCUUACUGGAACCGGGUGGGGCAGAGCGAGCUCAGCGACGUGGUUUCCAUCCAGUGCUGCGACUUCUCGGUGCCUGGUAGCGGCCCGACCAACCUGCGCCGCGAGGGGGACCAGAGUGACACGAAGAUCACGGUGGCCUGGGACAGUGUGACCGACAUCGGCUCGUCCACGCUGAUAUACUACACCGUCUACGCCGACGACGGCACCACGGAGGUAUCCAAGAACACCGCAGACGCGGACACCCUGUCGGAGUUCUUCGAGGGCCUAGACGGCGGCAGACCGUACCGCUUCGCGGUGGCGGCCGUGAACGCGGCGGGCGAGGGGCCACGCAGCGACCGCCUGACGCUCAUCUGCUCGGACGUGGCGGGGCCGCCCCAGAGCGUGCGGGCCACCGCCUCCUCCACGAGCUCGAUCACGCUCGAGUGGGAGAGGCCGCUCUCGGGCGGCUUGGGAGGGCUCAGCGGCUACAAGGUGUACGUGGACGACGGCUAUGGAGGCGACAUUGACAAUCUGAUCUGGGACGGGAGCACGAGGAGCUCGACGUUGUACUUCACCUGGGCCCCGACGUACACGGACGGCACCACCGCACUUCUGCCUGGGAACGCCUACAGCUUCAUUGUGCAGAGCGUCAAUCCCACCGGCGACGGGGGGCAGUCCUCUGUCUUCAGCACCGUCGCCGCCUCCAAGCCGCUGGCGCCGGGCCGUCCUGAGCCGGACACGGCAGCCACCACUUCCGCCUCCAUCACGCUUGCGUGGACGGCGCCCGACGAUGGCGGUUCGCCAAUUCUCGGAUACAUCGUCGAGCGGACAACCGACCCUUUCUCUGGCUCGUGGCUGCAGCUGACGACCCGAGACUCCCCGCACACGGACACAACCCUGACAGACACAACCGACAUAGCCGUGGACCAGAGGUACACGUAUCGCGUCAGUGCCUUCAACUUAGUUGACAUCGGCGAUACGAUUUACUCUCCUGAGGCAUACAUCUACGCUGCGUCGGCGCCAGUGGCGCCAACGCUGACGUUUGUCACUUCGACCGAGACCACGAUCACUGUUUCCUGGAAUGCCCCCACAUCGGAUCUGCCCAUCACUGGCUACCAGGUUUACGUUGACACCCUCCUGCAGUACGAUGGAACUGGUAUCCCGACCACACAGACGUUCACUCUCGCUGGAUGCUCAACGGGCUCUCUGUACUACUUCAAGGUCGUUGCCGUAAGCCUCGCAGGAGAAUCGGCCGAGUCCACAAGCCUGGCGCGGACUUGCGCCCGUCGACCGUACCCGAUGGCGCAGCCGUAUUUGAAGUCCUCGACUCAGGUUUACAUCGAGAUAGCGUGGGAACCGCCGAGCGACAACGGGGGCAUGCCCAUCACUGGCUACAAGGUUCAGUCCGCCAAUUACGACACUUACAUAUUCACCAGUGUGCAGUGCUUGAAGGAACCUGGACGGCGUGUACUCCACUGUGCUAUCCGCCGAGACCCACGAUUGCUUGGACGACAGGGGCUACCUGUGCACCGAUGGCAAGUGCAAAUACCGCGUGCUGGCCAUCAACGGCAUCGAGGACGACAACUUCGCGGAUGUGUCUCCCUAUAUCGUGGCUAG